AUGAGCCAUGACAAAAUUUACAAACCAUGUAGAGACUUGUUUACUUCUCAUGCACAACUUGCACAACACAUCAGAUUAAAUGUCGGCAUUGCAGUGAAUUUGCAGCUUUAUUUGCAUGUAUUGAAGUUUUUGUAUGGUCUGCUCAUUAACCUUCAAGGUCUCUUCUUUUUAUGGAUAUCGAUUGUCAAUAAUAGUUUCAUGGUUCCAUCUAAUGAAAAAUUAUGCUUUAUGAUUCAUAGGUAG